AUGUCAAGAUCCAGACCUUUUGGCAUCACUUCAGUGAUCUCAACUGCAGGAACCUUGUGUUUGACACUAUUCCAGUUGGUGCUCUCGGAUCUACCAUGUGAAGAAAAUGAAAUAUGUGUAAAUUAUAAUGAACAACAACCCAACAGCUGGUAUGUCUGGUUUCUGCUUCUGAUUUUCUUGGUGGCUCUUCUCUGUGGAGUGGUGCUCUACUGCUUCCAGUGCUGGCUGAAGAGACCCCGGAUUGAUUCCUCAAGACGCACUAUGGCCGUGUUUGCUGUUGGAGACUUGGACCCCAUUUAUGGGACAGAAGCCUCCGUGAAUCCAACUGUUGGAAUUCACCUUCACACUCAGAGCCCUGAGUUGUAUCGUGUUCCAUGUUUUGGUGCUUUGGGCCCCCCACCACCAUAUGAAGAAACUCUAAAAACAAGCCAAUUUUAA